AUGGAGUAUAUUGGUAUUAAAGAAAAAAACUUUACAAUAAAAAGGCAAAAAAAGAAGAAGAAUUUCAUCGACAGAGAGAGACCGAGGAGAGUGACAAGAAUGGCGCCAUCGUCGUCGAGCGGUUUGACCUUCAAGCUGCAUCCUCUAGUGAUCGUCAACAUAUCGGAUCACCACACUAGGGUUAAGACUCAGCUCAAUCCUCCGGCUUCAGUCUGUGCAAGCGGGAAUGUCUCCGACAACGGCGAAGCAAUGUUCCAGCAGGACCCUAGGGUUUACGGAUGUGUGAUCGGUGUCCAGAAAGGACACAAGAAGGUGUUCCCUGACUUCUACAUUUUGGGAUGGUACUCAACGGGAAACGACGCUGAGGAAUCUGAUAUGCAUAUCCACAAAGCCCUGAUGGAUAUCAAUGAAUCUCCUGUUUAUGUUCUUCUAAACCCGGCGAUCAAUCACGCUCAGAAAGACCUCCCAGUGACUAUUUAUGAAAGUGAAUUGCAUGUCAUUGAUGGAAUCCCGCAGCUGAUUUUCGUUCAUACAACUUACACAAUCGAGACAGUUGAAGCUGAAAGGAUAUCAGUCGAUCAUGUUGCACAUCUCAAACCAUCUGAUGGAGGCUCAGCAGCAACCCAAUGUGAGCCUUAUGUCUCUCAUACUUAUCUGGCUGCUCAUCUUACUGGCAUACAUACUGCCAUCAAGAUGCUUAACAGCAGAAUCAGAGUGCUCUACCAAUAUCUUGCCGCAAUGCAGAAAGGAUAUAUGACUCGUGGCGUGGGAUCUUACUUUCUAGGUGAUAUUCCUUGUGAUAACUCACUUUUGAGACAAGUAUCGAGCCUGCUAAGAAGGUUGCCUGCCAUGGCAUCAGAGAGGUUUCAAGAUGAUUUCUUGAUGGAGUACAACGACAAAUUACUAAUAACUUACCUCGCAAUGGUUACAAACUGUUCCAGCACCAUGAACGAGAUGAUCGACAAAUUCAACGCUGCGUAUGAGAGAAACGCUCGAAGAGGUGGAAGAACUGCGUUCAUCUACUUAAAAGGAAAGAUAACCAACUAUAUGUUAGGGUAUACGACUUCUCCGGCAUAA